AUGAGUACUCGUUGUUUUGAGCCUAAUUUCAACGACGAUUUAUAUCUGAGAUCAUAUCUCAGUCUGUAUCAAGCUCUGGGGAAAUUAGGAGAAGAUUGGGCUCCAGACAUCACCCUAGAAGAGUAUAAAAGCGGCUACACUCUAUGGGGCUGGGAUUUCACUAAAGAUCAAGAAGCGCAGUCGGAUAAAUUCCACAUCAUAGAAACAGGAAAUCUGAGAGUAGAAGUGCAGUUUACCAACAAUACGGUUAACACCAUCAAUUGUGUGGUGUAUGCCGAAUUCGAUAACCUAUUAGAAAUUAACAAACAGAGAGAGGUGAGCAUUGAUUACUAA